AUGGACAGCCUCCAGGAAACAGGGCCCUCGGCCCACGGGCGCUGCUGCCUUGCCCUCCGCAGGCUGUUCCCCGUGGGCUUUGGGGCUGAGGCACGGACGCUCUUUGUCCUUUCCGGACCCCUGUUCCUGUUCCAGGUGCUGACCUUCCUGAUCUACGUGGUGAGCACGGUGUUCUGUGGGCACCUGGGCAAGGUGGAACUGGCAUCUGUGACACUCGCGGUGGCUUUUGUCAAUGUCUGCGGCGUUUCCGUGGGAUUUGGCUUGGCCUCGGCGUGUGACACUUUGAUGUCCCAGAGCUUCGGCAGCCAGAACAAGAAGCAUGUGGGCGUCAUCCUGCAGAGGGGUGCGCUUGUCUUGCUCCUCUCCUGCUUCCCCUGCUGGGCGCUCUUCCUCAACACCGAGCAGCUCCUGCUGCUCCUCCGGCAGGACCCGGCCGUGUCCAGAUUAACCCAGGACUACGUGACGAUUUUCAUCCCAGCACUUCCU